CGCCCGGGGCAGGUGCCGAGCUGAGCCGUGCGCAGGCUGCGAGGGGCGGAGGUUUUGCACUCGCUCUCACCCGGCCAAGGAUAAAUAGGAGGCGGCUGCGAGUCCUGCCAAAGCCGCUCUUCCCAUAGCCCAACGCGUCUGACAGUCGGCAGCCAGCCCAGGCAGACAUGGACUCCCAGGACUGCCCUUGCGCCACGGGUGGCACCUGCACCUGCGGGGACAACUGCAAAUGCAAAAACUGCAAAUGUACAUCGUGCAAAAAAGGCUGCUGCUCCUGCUGCCCGGCGGGAUGUGCUAAGUGUGCACAGGGCUGCGUCUGCAAGGGGCCUCCCUCCGCCAAGUGCAGCUGCUGCAAAUAGGGACCCCCAGCUGCACAUCUGGGGGGCCGAAGAGGAAUAACCUUAUUGUGUAUGUUGUUUUUUUUUUUUAUAUAUGUGUUCAGAUAUCUUUAGUGUUUGUCACGCACGACCUAAAUAAAGUGAUGUGUAUAUAAAGGUC